AGGUGGUGUGUCCACUUUUGAGUGUUUCUCUCAGUGUCACCAGAGAUUGAGGAGCAGCAGUUUCAUUGCUUAAGGGUGAGUCAAACCUCAGGUGCCAAUGUCACCGUCUUUAGCCAGAUCUGCUCCGAGCGAGCUCAACCAUUGGUGGAGCCAGCUGAAGUUUCGCCUUCAGAACAAAAAAGGAUGGAAUGAAAUGCUGGAUGAGACAUUUCUGCUCUACACAAAAGGUGUGAAUGACAUUCCUCUCUUCUAUGCGGCUAAAAACAACAGUGCUGGUUGCAUCAAGAAACUGCUAGGUUGUGCAUCCACGAAUAUCUUUGAGAGAGGCUCCCUGGGAGAGACGGCCCUUCACGUUGCUGUUAUGAACGAUAACCUGGAUGCUGCUGUGGCUCUGAUGGAUGGAGCUCCUGACCUCAUUAACGAGCCCAUGACCUCUGAACUUUUCCAAGGGAUUACUCCUCUCCACAUUGCUGUGGUGAAUCAGAACAGCGACCUGGUUCGUCAUCUGAUUAGUCGCGGUGGUGACGUGUCCACACCUAGAGUCACUGGUCUGUAUUUCAGGAAGAGGAUAGGAGGACUUAUGUACUGUGGCGAGCACAUCCUGUCUUUUGCUGCUUGUGCUGGGAAUUUGGAUAUCAUCUCCAUGGUAAUCGAUGCAGGCGCCAGCACCAGGAUCCAGGAUUACAAAGGCAACACAGUGCUUCACAUUUUGGUCUUGCAGCCCAACAAGAACAUUGCCUGCCAGGUCAUUGACUUGAUUAUGGCACGCGAUGCAGAGCUGGACCAGCAAGUGCCCCUUGAUAUGGUUCCCAACUCCCGAGGCCUUACACCUUUUAAGCUGGCUGCAAAAGAGGGAAACACAGUGAUAUUCCAGCACCUAGUUAACAAAAGGCGUGUAGUCCAGUGGAGUCUGGGCCCUUUGACCUCUCACCUGUAUGACCUGUCCGAGAUCGACUCGUGGGCCGAUAGCAUGUCAGUGCUGGAGGUCAUUGUGGCCAGCCAGCAGAAAGAGGCAAGGAAGAUCCUGGAGGUCACUCCUGUGAGGCAGCUGGUUAGUCUGAAGUGGAACCUGUAUGGGAAACAUUACUUCAGGUUUCUGCUGUUUCUGUAUCUCUUGUACAUCGGGACUUUCACAAUGUGCUGUAUGUUUCGCCCCCUAAAGAACGCUCCAGAGAACUACACAACGUCAGAUGCAGACAAAACUGUCUGGGUUCAGAAGACGCUCAAGGAGAGUUAUACAACACAUGGGGAUAAUGUGCGGCUCGCAGGAGAGAUUAUCAGCGUCAUUGGAGCUUUUGUCAUCCUUGUGCUGGAGAUCCCAGAUAUUCUGAGAGUUGGAGCAAAGCGCUACUUUGGCCAGACGGCACUGGGAGGCCCUUUCCAUGUUAUCCUUAUCAGCUAUGCCUGCUUGGUGGUGCUGCUGUGCGUGUUCAGAGCCUGUGAGGUGCAGAGGGAGGCCGAGGUGAUGGCGGUGUGUUUGGUCCUCGGCUGGUGUAAUGUCAUGUUCUUCGCCCGUGGCUUCGAAAUGCUUGGCCCUUACGUCAUCACGAUACAGAAGAUUAUAUUUGGAGACCUGACAAAGUUUAUGUGGCUGAUUUCCAUUGUGCUCUUUGCCUUUUCCACCUCCCUCUGGAUAGUCUACAUGACUCAGGAGGUAGAUUCCCUUCCUGCGUAUCGCUCAUAUCCCAUCAGCCUCUUCUCCCAAUUUGAGCUCAGCGUUGGCCUCAUCGAUCUGCCUGUGGACCACACCAUCCCUAUACCUGCGAUUGUCCAUGUGUUGCACUGCACCUCCUCUCUGGUUUCCCACAUCCUUCUGCUAAAUCUGCUCACCGCCAUGAUGAGUGACACACAAUGGAGGGUGGGCCAGGAGAGAGAUGAGCUCUGGAGGACUCAGGUGGUGGCCACGACGCUCAUGCUGGAGAGGAGGCUUCCUCGCUGUCUCUGGCCUCGACUUGGGGUCUGUGGGCUGAACUAUGGCCUGAAAGAGUGCUGGUAUCUCAGGGUUGAGGAAAGAAAUGACUCCAUGAUGCAAAAGAUGCGGCGUUACGUAAACGUCUUCUCCAAAGAGGAUGAAAAGGAAACGGAGGGAGAUGAAAAUUCUGACUUCAAGGGAACCUUGAAGCUGAGACUUAAAAACAAAGGAGGAUGGUGGGAGCUGGUUCGACACAGCGCUUUAGGUUUGGAGAUGGAACAGGAUGAGCCAGAGGAGGAACAGAGCAUUAAAUAUGUUUAGAGAGAGACGCCAUCUAACCCAGAAGUUCCUUCCUAUCAUCAACUUUGAGUCAUAUACAUAUUAAGUAGAUGUAAAGAAUUGCUGAAUUUCAGUGACCUUGGGGUGAAAGAACCACACUAUCUUGAUUUUUCAAUAUAGUAAACAGUGCAAUUAUUUCCGCAGUAUUAUGCCAUAGAACAGACUGUGAU